AUGGCCUUCACAGACCCGCUGGACGCCCUGGGUGGCAUGGGUGGCUUCCAGCUGCUCUACACAGCCCUGCUGCUGCUGCCCUGCAGCCUGCUGGCCUGCCACAUGCACUUCACAGCCUCCGUGCCCCGCCACAACUGCCAAAGGCCCGCCAACCACACUGCGGCCACUGUCAAUGGCUCGGUGGCCUGGCUGAGGGCCACCGUACCCCUGGACCUGCUUGGGGCCCCCGAGCCAUGCCGGCACUUCACACUUCCUCAGUGGGCCCUCCUGGACCCCAACACGUCCAUCCACGGAGUGGCCACCAAGGGCCGCAAGGACGACUCGGUCUACGACCGCAGUGUUUUCCUGUCCACCAUGGUGAUAGAGGCUAGAGCGUCCCUCCCUUCCCCGCACUGGGAUCUGGUGUGUGAGGCCCGCGCCCUCCGAGACCUGGCUCAGUCUGUCUACAUGGCUGGGGUGAUGGGACCCAUCUUCACGCUCAAGCUUCCAGUAGCCUAA